UGAGUAAGUUUUCAAGCAAGGAAUUAAACACACCACCGUCUCUGAACAAUAAUUAUAAUGUCCGGCGGUGCCAAAGGCCCCAUGAGGGGGCUUCUUUGGCCACAAAUGCCCAUUACUGCAGCAUUCGCCAUUAUUUUCAUUUCCUAUAAUGUGGCAGCUGCAGAUCCUUACAUCUACAAUUCUCCACCUCCACCACCCUAUGAAUACAAGUCUCCUCCGCCACCCUCACCUUCUCCCCCGCCACCCUACUACUACAAGUCUCCUCCUCCACCCUCCCCCUCUCCGCCUCCACCUUACUACUAUAAGUCUCCUCCACCACCUUCACCCUCUCCCCCACCACCUUACUACUACAAAUCUCCCCCACCACCAUCCCCCUCUCCCCCGCCACCUUACUAUUACAAAUCCCCACCACCACCUUCACCAUCUCCUCCCCCACCUUACUAUUAUAAGUCUCCACCCCCACCUAAGGAGCCUUACUACUACAAGUCUCCACCACCUCCGUCACCAUCUCCUCCACCGCCAUACUACUACAAAUCUCCUCCUCCUCCUUCUCCAUCUCCUCCACCGCCAUACUACUACAAGUCACCUCCUCCUCCAUCUCCAUCACCGCCUCCACCUUACUAUUACAAAUCUCCACCACCACCUUCACCUUCUCCUCCUCCGCCUUACUACUAUAAAUCACCUCCUCCUCCAUCUCCUGUGCCUCAUCCACCUUACUACUACAAGUCUCCACCACCACCAGUGAAAUCUCCACCUUACUACUACAAUUCUCCUCCUCCACCAGUUGUAUAUCACCACCACCCCCAUCACCAGCUGGUCGUUAAGGUUGUAGGUAAAGUCUAUUGCUACAAAUGUUAUGACUGGGCGUACCCCGAAAAAUCUCAUAACAAGAAGCACCUCAAAGGAGCUGUUGUGGAAGUGACAUGUGAAGUAGGAAGUAAAAGCAUUAAGGCAUAUGGUACAACAAAGAUCAAUGGAAAAUACAGUAUAACCUUGAAGGACUUUGAUUAUGUGAAAUAUGGAUCUGCAGUGUGCAAGGCUAAGCUCCAUGCUCCUCCUAAGGAUUCACCUUGCAACAUCCCUACCUUGUUGAACGAUGGAACUCACUUGUUUUUGAAGUCUGAGGACAAGUAUGAAGUUGUCUUCAAGGCUAAGCCAUUUGCUUAUGCUUCAAAGAAGUCAUAUGAAGAAUGUGAAAAGCACAAUCACCACCACAAUCACAAACCUUCACCUACUCCAUAUUAUUACAACUCACCACCUCCUCCAUCAUCACCCACUUAUGUAUAUAAGUCUCCACCUCCACGAUCACCCAUUUACGUAUAUAAGUCUCCUCCUCCACCAUCACUAGCAUAUGUGUAUAAAUCUCCACCUCCACCAGCAUAUUAUUACAAAUCUCCACCCCCACCAUCACCUACUUAUGUCUAUAAGUCUCCACCUCCUCCUCCAUACUAUUACAAGUCUCCACCCCCACCAUCACCAUCUCCUCCACCACCUUACUAUUACAAAUCUCCUCCUCCACCCAAAGAGUUGCCACACCCUACUCCUUACUAUUAUAAAUCACCACCUCCACCAUCUCCAUCGCCACCACCUCCGUACUACUACAAGUCACCUCCGCCACCAUCACCUUCUCCUCCUCCUCCAUACUACUACAAAUCCCCUCCACCACCUAAAGAAUUGCCACACCCUACUCCUUACUACUAUAAAUCACCACCUCCACCAUCUCUAUCACCACCACCUCCUUACUACUACAAGUCACCUCCACCACCAUCACCUUCUCCUCCUCCUCCAUACUACUACAAAUCCCCUCCACCACCCAAAGAGUUGCCACACCCUACUCCUUACUAUUAUAAAUCACCACCUCCACCAUCUCCAUCACCACCACCUCCUUACUACUACAAGUCACCUCCACCACCAUCACCUUCUCCUCCUCCUCCAUACUACUACAAAUCCCCUCCCCCACCUAAAGAACUGCCACACCCUACUCCUUACUACUAUAAAUCACCACCUCCUUACUACUACAAGUCACCUCCACCACCAUCUCCAUCGCCUCCUCCUCCAUACUACUACAAGUCUCCUCCUCCUCCAGAAAAAUCGCCAGAACAUCCCCCUUACUACUACAAAUCUCCUCCUCCACCGUCACCAUCACCUCCUCCUCCAUACUACUACAAGAGUCCUCCACCACCAUCUCCAUCACCACCACCCACUUACUACUACAAAUCACCACCUCCACCAUCACCUUCACCACCGCCUCCUUACUAUUACAAGUCACCUCCACCACCAUCUCCAUCACCACCUCCUCCUUAUUAUUACAAAUCUCCUCCACCUCCUUCGCCUUCUCCACCACCUCCUUACUACUACAAGAGUCCUCCUCCACCAUCUCCUUCUCCUCCUUCUCCCUACUACUACAAAUCUCCUCCACCACCAUCACCGUCUCCCCCACCACCUUACCAUUACGUAAGCCCUCCUCCACCAUCCCCAUCUCCACCACCACCAUAUCACUAUACCUCACCACCUCCUCCAUCCCCAACUCCUACUCCCACAUACACUUACAAGUCUCCUCCGCCACCGGCGUACAUCUAUGCUUCCCCACCACCACCAAUCUACAAGUGAGGUUAGAAUGCAGAAACACAAAUCGUGAUAAAUCAUGUUCUAGUGGAAUAAAGUCUUUUAUUUGCAGCAAAGUAAAACAUUAUUCAUAUCCAAGUUCUUUGAAUAACAUAAUUUCUCUAAGCUACAAGGUUCGCUAUUUGGGUGAGGCUGCUGCUUCUGUUUCUUGGACAGCAAUCUUACAUGUCCUGUGCUUAAUAAGUUCAAGAAAAAUCGGCAACAACAAGCCCCAUCAGAUUUGAAACUUAGAAGCCAAGUCAAGGUGAAAAGUGCAGUAGAGAGAUGUAUAUUUCUUAUUUGUUUAUGCAUAAAUUAAUAUUAUCAUUUGUACGUUCUUUGUAUGUUUAUUUCCAAUUAUUGUGGCAUUUUUUAUUAAUUGUAUCUUCUUAAUACGCGUUUGCAAUAAGAGUAAUCAUAAUAUAUAUUACUUAGUC